UGAAGGCUAGUCUUUGAUAAUUACCAAUAGUGUCCACUGCCUUUAAAAAACAAAAAGAUAUAGGCCUAUGCAUAAAAGCGUACAUGCCGCGAUAUAUCUAAUAGAUGAAAUUAUAAACAUUUUAGGAAAAUUGUUGAGGGGUUUAUUGGGCCAGGUGAAACAGUUAUUAUCGACAAAGUUUGUGUUGUACUACACUGUGAAAAUGUCACUACUCUAUUCAAAUAUUCUACCAGUAUUAUAUUAUCUUAACUCUACACAGUACCAUGGAAUCGGAACAAAGAGCUAUGUUAACAUACUUUCUUUGGUAUACUUUAUAUCGCUAAAAUACCAUAGGUUGUCUAUUAUACAGAAAUUCAUGUGAAAGCCAGGAUUGAUCAUGUACAUGUAUGUAUAUUUGUUUUCCAGUGAUCUGAGUUAUAUCAUAUAGAAAUUAUGGUUAUACCUGUAAACAUUAGUAAUGUGGAAGCAGAAGUAAACAGAGGUAAUGUGUCUGUGUACAAAGUGGCAUUGCAAAUAACCAGUGGCUUCCUUAUGCGGGAGCAUGGUUGGUAAUUAAACGUAUGUAGGGAAAGACAUGUGCCAUUGCUGUGAAUUAUGUCUAUACCGUAGUCAUGACAUUCUUCCUACAUUUUGUCUGAUUUCCUACUAUUUGCCCUUGCAAAAUCACACGAAUUGCAAUUGAACACCCUGAAAUGUCUGUUAAAAGCUUAUCCGUGUGUACAUGUAUAGCCCUUGUACUAGAUUCCUAUAUUUUCCAACGACCAAAUAACACUCAAACGGAGGCUUGCCAGCAAAUGACUAUGUUAUACACUUUUGUCCCAUUGUAUGCAUAUCUUUUAGAUCUGAUCACAAAAGGGGAAGAAUAACUUCUCGUGAUGUCUGGUUUUAUCAUUACCUUUCAUCCAGUUGUUUAGCCGAAAACAGGUGGUGUCAUCCUAUAAACGAGUAAACCGAGGUUAAGCUCAGCUUCUUUUGGACCUGUUUGAAGUUUAAGGUCACGGUUUGUUCAGUUUGAUAAUGAACUACAAGUUGUGUGUCAAGGUCGUGACGUCAUGACAACAAUGUCUGCCAUCUGCAAUGCUCGUCCCGAUGUGGUUGUUUUUGCUAUUUGGUUGUUUACUUGUGUGUUUAAUGUAUACGAAAAGCAUCGAUGACUGCACCAGUAAAUUCAAUACCUCAAUAUUGUACUACACUUCGGUUCAUCACAUACAUGUACAUUCAGUAUGAAGUCGCCAACCAUCAUUCGGCUGCAGAGCAGGCUACUAAAAGCUUCUGCGAUAUUGGGAAGUGUUGAAAACUCUCUCAGAUAAACAUACAAACUAAAUGAAAAACUAAAAACGAAAGUCCAGUAUCCACCAAACGAAUACCAUGUAUAAUGGCAAACCCUUUACCAAAAACCUCAACAAACGGCGAACAAACGAAAGCAACUGAACGUCAAAAUACCCCUAAAACUGAACACGUAAAGAACCACUCUGAGUCUGGUGUAUCCAUUGUAUGGCACCUUCAUUUCAGUUAUACAAGCCUGAAUGGACAUGGUUGGACCUUGAUCUAAAUAUAUGCCAUUGCUAAUUGAUUUAAUGAUUUAACCAAGGUUAAGGCUAUUGUAACCGCGGUCAUUACGGUAAACUAAAGGCUCACUGGCCCAAGUAAAGGUCAGGUUGAAGGUUAUUGCAUAGGUUUGUUAUAGUAAUCAUGGAUAAAAGUAGUUAAGGUUAAGGUUGAGGUUGGAGAAAGAAAAAAAAAAACCACUUGCUGGUUGGGUAGGUUGUGACUUCACGAAGGAUCACCGAACUUUGAAUGAACCGACAUAGGCCCUACGUCGUUUUUAUUCGGACGAACCUUAGUCACAAAGUUUUGAUCCAUAUUAUUCGUACGUGCCCUAUUUUAAUGAUGUGAUGUACUUAUUUUGGUCACUAUUGGACCUUGUUCUUGACAAAAAAAGAAUUGCCGAAUUUAGCACUGUGUGUAUAUGAAAGAAUCUCUGAAUAGAUAGUUACCAUCUAAACUUAAAUUGAUACGAUCGUUAUGGUUGUCACUGUGGGCGGACAAUGAUUGUAUGAGCAAUAACUAUUGUGUACAAAACUGUUGACAUAAUUUGUAUUCGUUGUGUGUUAUGAUACCAAAGUCAUAGAUAUUUAUCGUUCUAUCCAUUAAACAAUUUGAGUAUGGACCGUGAACAAGGGCAAAAACACACAUUUCCAAUGAUAGCUGGUGAUGGGUUACUUUGGUAAAAAUGGAGAUUGCUUUACGCUCGGACUUGGUGGUUGGAUGAAGUUAGAUUUUGCCUAUUUUCAUUGACAUAAUGAGACGUGAUGGAGAAGGCUCUUGCCACACCGUACUUGUCUUAGAUCUUAAUGAUCCAACAAUGGGUUUUAUUGAUGCUCGUAAUUGUCCGUAACACAAGCCUUAGGAAGAAAAUAGCUUUGAGUUUUAGGCGCCAGGUCUUCGUCCAAUUACUCAACAACAGAAAAACCUGUUGUGCGGUAUCAUUAGUGGCUAUUAUACCCGAGCUACGAAGUGAGAAGUCUGACAGUUUCUUGUGCCGAGAUUGGAACGGCACGUGUCCGAGGCUACGUGUGUAACAGGAAGUAAUAUCGGUGACUCGGCUAUGCUGCUCAUUGUUCCUGAUUGGUCGUGGACUUUAUAAGUGUUAAACUUUUGAUUGUUCUUGUGGAUUCCAAUUGGUUGAUUGGAUGCGCCAUCAGUUACGGGGGACAAGUUGUAUGACAUGAACUCAUUGCGUUGACUUGAUAUGUCUGAAGCUAAUCUGAUCAAAGCUCAUACCUGAAACUUCUUUGCCAGACAUCGGAGAUACUGUGAACUUCAAUUGAUAUUUUGUGGGUAGAUUUGUGGGAAUCGAGUUUUCGAAUGGCCGGCAUCACCAGUAAGCAUGCAUUGGAACAAAAGGAUUCAAAUGGGUGGUUGUUACAAGCCAACACGAACGAGCUUAGCGGGGACAAUGAGGAAAACUCAUGGGACAAGGAAGGCUUUCCUCCCGGUGAAAAUGACAAUAAAGACGGCGGAGAGGAGGAGCUGCAGAGCCCAGUGCAGAAGAAUGAGGAGAUCGUUCUAAACGAAGGAAACGGCAGUGGACCAAGAGGUCGCGCAAGAUGGGAUACCAAGAUGGACUUCAUGUUGUCCGUUAUCGGCUUCGCUGUGGAUCUUGGAAAUGUCUGGCGAUUCCCGUAUUUGUGUUACGAGAACGGCGGGGGAGCCUUUCUAAUCCCUUAUGCCAUCAUGGCCGUGUUUGGGGGCAUUCCCUUACUCUACUUGGAGCUGGCUCUCGGCCAGUAUCAGCGAACUGGAUGCAUUACGGUGUGGAAAAGAAUCUGCCCUCUGCUUACUGGAAUUGGUUUUGCGAUAUGCAUGGUCAACAUGUACCUUUCCUUCUACUACAACACGAUCAUCGCCUGGGCUGUGUACUAUCUCUUCUCAUCAUUUAGGAGCGAACUUCCAUGGACUUCGUGUAACAACACAUGGAAUACUCCCAACUGUGCUGAUCCAUUUGAUGUUAAUCGAACAAUGGGGGAAAACAGCGUCUCACCAACCUCCGAGUUCUAUGAACGUAAAGUCCUGGAGUCUCACAAAUCUACAGGCAUCGGGGAUCUCGGCGGAGUAAAGUGGGACUUAGCUCUCUGCUUAUUCGCGGUAUACCUGAUCGUCUUCUUGAGCUUAUGGCGAGGUAUCAAGGCCUCAGGAAAGGUGGUGUGGGUAACUGCUACCCUGCCGUACGUCUGCCUCAUUGUACUUCUUAUACGUGGUGUAACUCUUGAGGGCGCUAUAGAUGGUAUCAUCUUCUAUUUGGACCCUAAAUGGGAGUUGCUUUUGAAUCCUGGGGUGUGGAUGGGUGCAGCGACGCAGGUUUUUUUCUCGUUAGGACCAGGAUUUGGGGUCAUGCUCGCCUUCUCGAGCUACAAUAAUUUUCAUAACAAUUGCUACAGUGAUGCUUUGAUUGUCGGUGCCAUCAACUGUUGUACAAGCUUCGUGUCUGGCUUUGCAGUCUUCUCAGCAUUGGGUUACAUGGCACUGAAACAAAGAACUACAGUAGAAGAAGUCGCAAAAAAUGGUGGGAUAGGUUUAGUGUUCACUGUGUAUCCAGAGGCUCUCGCAACCAUGCCAGCCCCUGGGGUGCUGUCUGUUAUUUGCUUCAUAAUGCUUAUUACUCUGGGUCUGGACAGCACGUUUGGUGGUCUGGAGUCCAUCAUCACUGCCUGGAGUGAUAAGUUUCCCACAACAAUCGGUAAACAUCGCGGCGCAUUUGUUGCACUUGUUGUGUCUUGUUGCUUUCUGGGUAGUCUGUCGACAGUAACGUAUGGUGGUCAGCAUGUGAUAAGGUUGUAUGAUACUUACGCUGUGGGAGUGACAGUGCUUGCUAUCGUUCUCCUGGAGGUUACUGCGGUGUCCUGGUGCUAUGGCCUGCGAGCUAUGAGUAACGACAUCAAAGCAAUGCUGGGAUUCAAGCCUAACUACUUUUGGCUGGUAUGCUGGAAAUUUCUUAGCCCGGCUGCUAUCAUUUUCAUCGUGAUUUUCGGGCUGCUGCACUUUAAACCGAUUCCCAACAGCCCUCAGUGGGCGGACUAUCUUGGCUGGACUCUCAUGACAUCAUCCAUCAUGUGUGUGCCCCUCUGCGCUGUGAAUGUGAUUGCUUCUACCCCUGGUACAUUCAUAGAGCGAGUCAUAGGUAGUUUCAAACCUCAAGAGAAACCAGACAAUGAAGACAGUGAGGUAACACCAAUAACAUACGUAUGAACUCCGUCCAGCAACUCCAUAACCCAAAACCCUUCAACAAACCUGUAGACAUCUUGGUUGUGUACCUCACUAGAGUACAAUAUAUACAAAUACCUUGAAAAGGUGCCAGCCAUUCCCUCGGUAUGUACAUGUAUAGUGUCUCUGCUCACGCAUUUGUAAGCCUCCAGAUGUCACAUGAUUUUGAAUACAACAGUGUUGGUAACUAUGGCUCCAUGUUUC